AUGGCUCCGGCUGGCUUGGACCUUUCGCUGGAAGAGGUCAUCAAAACCUCAAAGGGUGAUGGAAGGGGCAAAGGAAGAAAGCAGGAGGCAGUCAAAGAGUCGAAGGCAGAGAAGGAGGAAGAGAUCAAUCUGGACAUGAGCCUGGACGAACUUAUUGAGAAGGAGUAUGUGCCAGCGAAGGGCAAAGGCAAAGGCAAGAAGGAGGAGUCUUGGGACAGUUGGCAGCCGGAGCGUGCGCCGAAAGGAAAGUCCUGGGAUGCAUCAGAUUCUUGGAGUUACGAAAAGCCCAAGAAUGCAGGCAGCUCCUGGAAAGAUUGGAAAGAUACGGACAAAUGGAAGCCAGCAGGUGGUGGAGCCAAGUGGAAGGAAGCGGAGACUUGGAAGGAGCCCGACACCUGGAAGAAGAACGAUUGGAAGAAGGCAGAUGGCUGGAAGGCCGAUUGGAACAGUCAAAGCCAAGGCAAGCAAGAUUGGUCUGGCGGCGCGGGCACGAUUCUGAGCCUGAUGCACAAGAUCUUUGCAGCCCUCAGCGCGCCCAAACCCGCCCGGUAA